CGGGAGUUAUUCAGGCUGAUCUGCACAGAUACUACCUCUUAAAUGUAAAGCCGGUUCCCUUUUAUUCUGACCUGUGGUGUUUAUUUGAGAACGUGCAAUGUGCAUGCUCAACACAACACUGCACAACACAGGAUACGCCUUUGGGAGCUAAGGUAUUAACACUUAUUCCUGAGGUUAAGAUGAGGUUGUGCUCCAGAGAUGUGGGAGGGGCUUCAGAUGCUGCCUUGUCAUCAAAGCCCUGUGGAGAAGAAUGGCCACCAGACGCACUCAUCUUGAGGAUGACCUUUCCUGUCCAAUUUGUGGCCAUAUUCUCAGUCAGCCAGUGGUGCUCACGUGCAGACACAGAUUUUGUAAAGCCUGUCUGAAAGACAGCUGGGAGACACAAGGCAGUGAGGACUCACACUGCUGUCCUCUGUGCUGGCGCCGCUCCUCUAUGGAUCAGAUAGUUGUGAGCAGUAUGCUGCAGAGGUCCUGUGAAUCCUUCAAGGAAGACAGAAGCAAGAAUGACCCCAAUGCCUGUAAGGAGCAUGGAGAAAAGCUCACGCUGUUCUGUUUGGAGGACCUGGAGCCAAUCUGUGGUUUAUGUGGGAAAGCAGCUGCACACAUUGGGCACAGGCUCUAUCCCAUUGGGGAGGGUGCCCAUGACUGUAAGGAGGAACUGAAGAGUGCGCUGCUGCCCUUGAAAGAGAAGCUGCAGCUGUACAAGAAGGCGAAAAUUCUCUGCGAAGAAAUGGCAGAACAUGUCAAGAACCAAGCGGAACAUACCGAAACACAGAUCAAGGAGGAAUUCGAAGCCCUUCACCGUUUUCUGAAGGAGCAGGAGGCUGCCAGACUUUCAACUUUAAAGGCUGAGGAGGAUCAGAAGAGUCUGAAGAUUAAUCUGCAGAUUGAAGAGAUAAGCAAUGAAAUGAUAUCUCUCUCCAACACCAUCCGACUAGUGGAACAGGAGAUGAAAUCUCAUGAUAUCCCAUUUCUUAAGAAUUACAAGGAAACAAUUAAGAGAACCUGGAGGAUUCCCCUUGAUCCAGAGCCUAUUUCUGGUGCUCUGGUUGAUGUGGGCAAGCACUUGGGCUCUCUGAAAUAUCAAGUGUGGGAGAAGAUGAAGAGUAUAAUUAAAUAUAAUCCUGUCAUCCUGGAUCCGAACACUGCAGCAAGCUGCUUCAUCCUCUCAGAGGAUCUCACUGUUGUGCAGAACUGUACCCAGAUUUUCAAGUUGCCAGACAACCCAGAACGGUUUGACAUCAGCGCCGAGAUGCUGGGUACAGAGAGCUACAGCUGUGGACGCCACAGCUGGGACGUGGAGGUGAAGGACAACACCUACUGGGUUCUGGGAAUAGCCAGCGAGUCCAUCAACAGGAAGGGUAAGCACGUGCUGACACCUGCAGAGGGAUUCUGGUCUAUAAGGUUUCGCAACGGAGAGCACAAGGCCUGCACAGCACCAUGGGAGCCGCUGACCAUGACAAAGCACCCAGACGUGAUCAGAAUAGUUUUAGACAUGGACCGAGGCAAGGUGACUUUUUACGACCCUGGAGAGAGAACACCGCUCUACACCUUCAAAGAGGUCAUCACACCCAGAGCCUUUCCCUACUUUUGCACGGCCUGCAAAGAGCAUCCACUGAAGAUCCUCCCCACAAGUAUACUGGUGUCAACAGACCGCUGAUACACAUGGGACACGUUUCGCCAA